UGUUAGUAUGUCAGAUAUGAAGUUCAGUCACUUAGUCACUAAAACUAUACUGCUAGUUCUUCCGUUAUGAUAGUAGUAGCAAUAUGGCUAAUUUAAUAAUAAAUCAACUUGGGCGAAAAAGUGUUUAGAAGCCAAGAAGAUUAACGUAAACAGCGUGCCAGAAUAUUUUAUGAACGGAGCCAAACUGACAAAUUGUAAUUGUAGUGAGAUUUAACUAUGCGAGUGCAUACAACCCAAUAAAAUGUCUGUGUCAGAUCCCAUGAUAAAGGAUCUCAAAGGAUCAGCUGUUCACUUCCUGGGUGUCUUACAGCCAGUGACAGAUGAUAUUGAGGCAGUACGGACAUUCUGUGAGGCUCUUGAGCGGAUACUACUGCAUGGAUUAUUGGUUCGAAUAAAUGCCUUUGGAUACUGGCGAGACCCUGAGCCAUGGCACUGGCUGGAAAAACUGUCUUUCAAGAAGUUUGGAGCCCCUUACCUCUACCAGCUCUCUGUGGAGAAGGUCCGGAAAUGUGAGAAAGUGAGGACAAACACUGGUAGGACUCGGCUGCUCAUCAGGUACUGCCUCAACAAUCGCUGUCUACACAUUCCAUUUCAGCUCCUUCUGGAGACAAAGCAAUAUAAGCUUGUGUAUGGACGAGAGUCAGUGCUGGGCAGUGACAUUCUUGCCCAGAUUCUUAUGUCUGUGGUCUUGCUGCCAUCCAGACUGCAGUUCAAGUUGGACACUGAUAAUUCGAGGUUCCUGGACGACGCCUGGCUGCUCCCCGCCGUACGUCGGCUCACGUUUGUUCCUGCUGAUCAGCUGGGCAUCUCACUGACGUUUGUUGAUGGGAAGGCAAUAGCAGUUGAAGUUUUGCCGGACAGUGUUGCUUCUGAAGAUGAGCAGAUAGAAGUGGGGGAUGUCUUGGAUGAACUCAACUCUGUGGUUAUCAUUGCAGGACUGCAAGGUUGCAUGGGCCAGGUGCUGCGGAAAUCUGCAGGCCACCCCAUCACAGCUUAUGUUAUCAAGGCAAAACAUAAAGGUACUCUAUACGGUCCAUUGGUACCUCUGCUGAGGAGGGCUGGGCUCAGCACCACUCAGGUUCUUUCAGGGUCCAUCACCUGUAUCAGUGAGAGCAAACAAGCAAUGACAUACAUGGGGCGUGUGCUGACAGCUGACAGAGGAGAUGUGCAGGAGAUCAAACAGGCCAUCAGACAGCUGUUGGGCGAGCACCAAGAGACUGAGCAAGUGUUACUGGAUUGUCACGACAUGGGAGUGACUGUCACACGAGUUGACAACUCCAAAGUACUGAUGAAACACUCGUACAUGCAGAUCUCUUCAUGUGGGUGCACCGUACAAGCACCCAACUACUUUGCCUACAUUGCUGAAGACAGGAGCAUUUCUCCAGACAAUCGUUUUGUAUGCUAUAUUUUCCACACGGAAAAUCAGGAUUUGAUUGACAAUACCUUGACCAGUAUUGGCCAAGGAUUCAAGAGGACACAUUUUGCUGUUUAGUUUAGAUAAUUUAUGUAAUGUUACCAACAUUAUGCGUUUGUUGUUGUUACCUUUACAUUCCCUAAAAUGUUCUCAUAGCAUUGUGUAAAACUAUAGAAUAUUUUUGAUAUGAUAAAAAGUUACUAAGUUCUAUAUCAUGGCCACACCAUAUAGCCACUUGUUACGGUUUAACACAUAAUUUCUAAUACGAUUA